CCCUUGGGUCAUAAGAUAAGGCAAAGACCAAAGCAAUCAUGGACGUUUUCAAAGUUUUCUUCUUUUGUCUUUUCUGCGAUGUCCAAAUUAUUCCCUCUGCAACUACUAGUGCUGACAACAGUGACGUGAUGAGUCAUGUGACAGUGCUGCAGGACAUGUUGUCAACUGUCCAGUCUCAGCUGCAGAUAACCCAAGCUGACCAGAAGUCCACCUCAGAUGAGUUAAGAACAGUUAAGUCAGAACUCAGGAUAGCGGAGGACACAAUUCAUAGCAUGACAAUUCAGAUCCAAGACAUGCAAGCAGAACAGAAUGCAUCUUUGGCAGAACACGGAUCUACCCUGGAUGAACUUACUGCUGUGAAGGUAAAGCUGAAUACAACCGAAGGCUAUCUAAAUACUGUACAAACACACGUGAAGGACCUGCAAGUGGAACUUAAUAAAACAACCAACGACUGUGAGGCUCUGAAGUCUCAAUUUGGGGCUAGCCACGACAGCCAGGUGAGGCUGGAGACUGAGAUCAACCUUCUCCACACUGAUCUCAAGAAUGUAGAAGGCGAUCUAGCCGUAACCAAAUAUUUGAGUUCACAACAAACCACACAUAUCGACAACAUGAAGACAGACUUGCAUAACCUUCAAACUGACAUGGCUAAUGUAAAGAGUUUCAAUGUGGAUCCCCUGUUGUCCCAAGUCAACACCACGCUACUGGAUGCAAUAUCUGCCGAUGUGAAGUCAACGAAGGAUGAACUGAAUAUCUUUGAAUCGAAACUUCACAAGGCUUCAAACGACGUGUUGUUAACAAAUUCAGAUCUUUUAAAAUUGGCAUUAAAUGUGACAGAUUUUAAAGCAAACAUAUCUUCAGAAGUAACAGGGAUCAAGACUUCUCUUCUGCUGGGAGAGAGAAACUGCAAAACAAUACAAAAGGACUUCAACCUGAAGUUCAACUCCACUUCGGGUGCUUUGGGAAACAUGGAAGAGGCAGUUGAGGCCAUGGAGAUUGGGUUUUCGUCAUCACGCUAUGCUAUCAAUGACCUUAACCAAACACUGACGUCCUUCAUGCACAGCGUAUCAAACUUGACAAGAUCAGGUGCAAGAAACAUUGCCUUUGAAGUCCGGCUGCAGGAGGAAGUCCAUUCUGUACAAAUGGGCGGAAAGCUGAUUUUUGAUACGUUACUGUACAACAAUGGCGGUGGAUUUGAAGCUGCCUCCGGUAUAUUUACAGCCCCAGUGUCUGGAUCCUACAUAUUCUGGGCUCAGAUUAUGCUGGAUCAAGUGGAAUCAUAUCUGGAAAUAUUCCUAGUCCAGAAUGGCCACACCAAAGGUAAAGGGUAUGCGGAAACAUCGAAAGAGACGGUAUAUGGUGUUGUUUCCAUAACGACAGUCAUGUAUCUCAACACAGGGGAUGAAGUAUGGUUUGAAAAGUGGAAAGGAUCACAGAACAUUUAUGGAAGUCUUUAUUCCGGAUUCGGAGCUGCUUUAAUUUCCUCUUGAAUUAAUGUUAAAUCAAAUUAAUAAUAACUGACGAUUCGAUUUAAAGGUUUGUUGUUAAUUAUUGUGGCUUGGGCUAAAGUGUCAUGCCUUUUCAAAUAAAGACCAAUGUCAUAUCUGU